AUGAAGGAAGUUGAGGUUCUAAGAUUAGAAUUACGUGACAGUUUAACUGAGACGUGUGCACAGUAUAUAAAGAAUCAUAGACUACUAGUACAAACCGAGAGGAAAGCUACAUCCUCAUUUGUUGUAGUCUUAUGCUUUGACUACUCACUUACUGCCAUUGCAGAUAAUGCAACAGAUUCUGCCCUUCAUGAUCAAUUUCACAUUGUGAAUAGGUGGAGAUUCAAGACUUUUGAGUCUCAUCCACCUGUGUUCUUCAUCAGAUGA